GAAUUAUGUGGCAAGAAUCGAAUGUUGGUCUGGAACAGAAGGCUUCACUGAAAAUUAAAACGGAUACCGUGUACGGGAUGGAGACCCAGGAGGAAAGAACAUGGUCCCUUACACAACUCGGUGAACUUCCUACUGAGACGCGCCUGACUUACGUCGAGAAUGUGGGACUUUUCCACGGAAUGGUUAACACGUCACCAGGACAUCCGAAGUUUGGCCAGGACUUUCAAUUGGCUCCCAGGAAUAGUGCAACACUUCAAGACGUUCAUACCACGUCGCAUCCAAUGGAGCAGGCAGCGAGCAGCAGUACCAACCCUUAUAUCUCUAAGCUUCGGAAUCUCUCAGAAUCCACCGAAUCAGGUUUGAGCAGCUUUUCCGAAUCGGGCUGCGAAGGAACUGCUUCCUCAGAGGGUACUUCCACGGUGACACCAGCAUCAGGGCCUUGGAGGCCUUGGGCACUUAAGGAAGAAGUCACUGAACAUUAUCCAAAAGAAAACAGUCCUUCACAUGCUGCAUCACCAGUGGUGGAGGACAAUCAGAACCAUGCCAAUAAAGUCAAUGAGCAGUCGGCCAAAGUGGUGGAAGAGAUACCACCAAAGGCGAUCGAAACGGACUCCGUAAGACGUGCCGCCAAGCGGAAGAAGGAGGAGGAGCAACUGAGGAAGGAGGUUGAAGAACUUAGGCGAAUGAUGCGAGAGAAGCAUAAGCUCAAGGAAGCCUUUGUAGAACUUCUCGAUUCCCUUCAUAAGAAGGGCAUACUCACCUACAUGUCACAAUGGGAGGAUCUUUAUCCGAUCAUAUCCGAGGAUCAUCGAUUUUCAGCCAAGUUCGGCCCUCACGAUUCAACACCCCUGGAUCUCUUCCACGAAUAUGUGGAGAUACUGAAGUCAGAUGUGGAACAGAAACUCAUUCGUAAGAUACUCAGGGAAGGAUCAUUUGUGGUUCAGCCAAACACGUCCUACAAGGACUUUGCUAGAAUUGUGUUUCAGGAUAGGCGCUCGGCCAGCUUGGAUGAGGACAAUGUGAUGGUCGCCUACGGUUCCCUGCAUAAGAAGGCAAAGGAGAAAAAUAGAAAGCGUAUCAAUGAAGUUAGACUUCUGCGGAAGCUGGAAUAUGAGGUUAAGGACAAGUGGCUAAGGGCCGAGGUCUCGGUAGACGAACCGUACAGGAAUGCCAAGAAACUGGUAGAGCACUUGGAGUCCUUUCACUUUUACGAUAGGAAAAUCGGCGUGAGAAAAAUCUGGAAGGACUUUAUCAAUGAAAGCGAAGAUGAAGUAAGCAAGAUGUUCAGCCAUCACCAUCGGCGAUCCCCUGAAUCGAAGAAGAAGAAGAGGUACUAAAAGUAUCGUAGCAUAAAAAGCGGU